CAUCAAAGUGGGGAUCAUGAGAACAGGUGGACGACACUGUUGCACAUCACAGAGGAAAUCAAGCUGAGAAGUUGUUAACAGGAAAACACAACAAUCUCACAGCGUACUCCAACCAUAUCCUAUGUGACCACAACUAAUGUCAGCAUCGCGUCUUUGUAGUGAACGCCAUGUGGUUUGCAUGAUAGACAGAAGACACUGUUGCACAUCACAGAGGAAGUCAAGCUGAGAUGUUGCUGAUGGGAAAAUAUAGCUUCCUUAUAAUGUUCUUAAACCAUGUGAUCGUGUAGAAAACUAUGUGACCAAAACUACUGUCAUGUGCAGCAGGGCCUGUUGUGAAUGGCUAUGUGUUUGCCUUGAACUGUUGCAAGACAGUAACAAAGACUGAUACCAGGUCUCAUCUUGGAAUUGGAAUCAGAAAUUAUGGCACCAAAUGGCUCCUAGAUGUGGGUUUUCUUUCAUGUGGGUGGUGAGGAUAAUUUGAAAGUCUCCCUACCUUCAUCGAAGUAAAGAAUGACAGGGCUAUGGUUUUCUAGCUGGAUUUGGGUCCAUAUGUUUCCUGUCGCCAGUUUCACGAUGUGAUGCUGACUUUGAACAUUCCCACAUGUGGAUAUGUUAUUUAAACAUUCAACAAUUCAAUAUUGGAGGAUAUAUCAAGUUUUCAGCAUGAAUCUUGACGUGUUUCUUGGUCCAUUGACAGUCGGUAGCGAUAUGGUGAUGAACGUACUCAGUGACCAGUUUGAUGACAAAUCUACGGAGUACCUGCCUCACUCACUCCAGGGGGCACCAGUGUACCCGUGUCCUGUACCUGCUUUCGCCUCACCGGACACGAAGCGGGUCAAGGCCAACCAAUCCAAGAAAAUGGAUCAACGGAAAAGAAAAGGGUCAAUGAUUGAUAUGUAUGACAGCAGCUGCGAUGAAGACAAUGACUCACAAGAUAUGUAUUCCAGUAGUGAUGCUGGGAGCUCACGGAAAUAUCAGAGACAAAACCACAGCGAGAUUGAGAAACGUCGACGUGAUAAGAUGAACUCGUAUAUUACCGAGCUGUCAUCCAUGAUCCCCAUGUGCAGCGCCAUGAACCGCAAGCUGGACAAGCUCACCGUACUUCGGAUGGCAGUCCAGCACAUGAAGUCACUGCGCGGCUCAAAUGAUAUGUACUCUGAAGUGAGCCUCAAGCCCUCCUUCAUCUCUGACAACGAACUGAAGCAUCUCAUACUGAAGGUGGCGGAAGGGUUCCUGUUUGUGAUAGGUUGUGAUCGAGGGAGACUCUUGUAUGUGUCAGAGUCUGUCAAAGAUGUUCUCAACUAUUCACAAUCUGAACUUAUUGGCCAGAGCUUGUUUGACAUCCUCCAUCCAAAGGACAUCGCCAAGGUGAAGGAGCAGCUGUCAGCCUCCGACUUGACACCUCGAGAGAGAUUUAUUGAUGCUAAAACAAUGAUGCCAGUGAAAACAGAAGUGCCCCAGAAGAUGUCGAAGCUGUGCUCCGGGGCUCGAAGGUCAUUCUUCUUCCGGAUGAAGUAUGGAUCCAAAUCAUCAGCCAAUCUGCCGAAUAAUAAUGCAAUGAAGAAAGAUCCUGACUCCUAUCAAUAUAACAGGAAAAAGAAAUCAGAUAAGAAGAACUAUGUAAUCAUCCACUGUAGCGGCUACCUCAAGUCCUGGUCGUCCAGCAAGAUGGGCAUCGAUGAUGACAAUGAAAGUGACGAAAGUCCUAGCCUCAGUUGCCUUGUUGCCAUUGGUCGAAUCCAGCCUACCUGCCAGUCUCAGCCUUCAUCAUCGCCUAGCAACAUCAACAUUCGACCAAUGGAGUACAUGUCUCGACUUAGUAUAGAUGGAAAAUUUGCAAAUGUUGAUGAGCGAGCAACCGUGAUCCUUGGCUAUCUACCUCAAGAGCUACUUGGAACGUCCGUGUACGAGUAUUAUCACUCAGACGACAUAGAACAUUUAUCAGAGGUCCAUCGAAAAGUGUUAGAUACAAAAGAGAAGGUGGAGACAAACGUGUACCGGUUUCUAGGGAAGAAUGGAAAAUAUGUUCAUCAGAAGUCGAUCUGCUUUGCCUUUUCCAACCCCUGGACGAAAGAAGUGGAAUGUAUUGUGUCAACCAACAUGGUGGUGCAUGUCCCCGAGGUGUCCAGCUCUGGUCAAGCAGCAGAUGCUGGGGACACUGAUAUGUCAUCUAACUACAACUUUCCUAUCGAAUCUGAGAAGCCUAGUAAAGAGAGUCCCUCUCCUGUGCCGCGUCUGGCAAUGAUGCGAGGAGCGGGACGGAUCGGGAAACAGAUCGCAGAACAAGCCACAGAGCAGAGCAGCUUGAAAGACGAGAUGAUUAUAGUAACGGCAGGCCCAGGAAUUGGCACCGAAUCUCCCCAGCUGCAUGGAAGUCCGUCUCCAGUCAGUGGUAACGUUGUGCCAUCUCCUGCCCUCCAGAAUGACAUGUCUCCGGGGACUGCCAGUAACGCAGUGUCGACAACCAAUGCUGCUUCUGCUGCCAACAAUGCCCAGUCUGAAGCUUGUGUGCCGACAACAUUGAAUGGGCUGAGCACUCACACUCAGUCACAGCCAGCCACUUCCAAUGACUCUGUGCUGUUUGCCAACGUCAUCCAGGAGCAGGAUGAAGACAAGCGACAGAACCCAAGCACAGACAACAAUGAUGAAGCUGCACUUGCAUUCCUCAUGAGUUUACUAGAAGCAGAUGCUGGUCUUGGGGGCCCUGUAGACUUUAACAAUCUUCCCUGGCCAUUGUGAUGAAGUAGUUUAAUAGCUAUGACGUGUGGACAUGCCUGAGGCCAUCAUGGAAAUGGAAUUGUGGGUAAAGACGCCUACUGUGCACCCUACCGGUGAUUCUGUACCUAAACAAAGACAGAUCGUAACACAGGGCUAAAAAAUCUCCAGGUGGUCGAAGGAAUGGGACAUUGUGAUCUGAUUUGGUGCAUUAGAUGAAAGGGAAAUGCCUUUGUUUUUGUAAUACUGUUUUAAAAAAUCAAAACUUGGCCAUUUCAUUUCUUAAGGACAGUUUUAACUGCCUCCAUUUUGAAUUUGCAGAAAGAAGGUUGUGAAGAAAUUAUUCCAAAGUGCCGGAGGAGGUAUGUUCUCAUCUAUCCUCACUAAGAUAAUGGUAGUGAGGAAUUCAUCCAGAAGUGCCAGAUAAACUAUUUUCUUUGAUUUGAUUCUGACAUGGAUGAUUUGUAAAGACAUCAUCCAAACUUAAUCUUCAUGGCAGUGAGGAAAUCUUUCAGAACAAUGCCUUCUCUGAAUAUGGUAGUGAGCACAGCGGCUAGAGCAAGUCUCUGUUGUAUUUGUGUCACAAUGGUCACAUACCAUAGCAAAAGCAAAAGCAUCAACCAUGAGAAAUGAAUGACACAGCUUCAUUUUCAGUCAGUUUGAAAUGAAAGAAGAACUGUUCAUUAUUUUGUGCCUAGAACUCAACUAUUGUUGUUUGUUAAGGAAUGAGAAGUCAGUUGUAUAGGAACUGGUCACCGUUUCAUGAACCAUUAUGUAACCACUGGUUACAGAUUUGGGUUUCAUUUAGUGAUGACAGAUGCUGGUUACAGAUGUUGGUUACAGUUGUUGGUUACAGAUGUUUGAUGAAAAAAGGCACCUCUGAGACAGAGAAAUGUUGGGUCAAAGGUCAUAGAACCCUUAUGCCAUUGGCUGUUGGACAGCCUCCAAAAAGAGCUGAUUGAAGCGCCAACGGUUGUCUCCAUCCACUUGGUUGGAUGUUGUGGUGAGAUGAAGUAAAUCAAGAUGUCUUAUCAGCAUUGUAUAUGUUGAGGAAGAGGUGCUUGGACAAUUCAGCUCAGUGAUAAAUUGUGUGUUUGGUGAAGAAAUGAGGACCACAGAACCCUGGAAGUUCAGAAUUAUACUCUAUGACAAGAUUGUUUGCUCUGAUGUAUCAUGUGUAAUUGAACAAGGUCACAUUCAUUUGUGCAUAGGUGAUGAAAUAUGUCAUUAGCACUUGGAUUUUUGAAAAUAUGACAAGAUAUCUCAGGUUUUGUGUUACUUGCGACUGGUGAAAGAUGAGUUCAUUCUCUUGUGCAAAAAUCAGCCUUAUAUAGACUGUCAUCUGAUGUUAAGCCUUCAUUCCUAUGUGUGUUAAACUCACGGUAUGCAUGUUGAAACCCUAUUCCAGUUAAAGGCCAAUAACAGCAAUAGUGAAUAUGCUCACUGUACAGCUGGAAAGAACAUGAGUGGAAUAAUGGCCGCCAACUACAAAUAUGUUGAGCAUGGUUCUGUGAUGUCCAGAGGAGCUUGUGUCUUGAAUUUAUUGAACUCUGUUUUGCCUUCCAAAGGACUUGUUGAUGAAGUGAUGAGAUCGUGAUAGACUGUUAUGUUUCAAGUGUAUAUAAUGGUCACAUGAACAGUUUGUAUAGUAUUGUAAGUUAUAAAAGAUACCUGUAUUGUUGACAAUGUUAUUGUGCCUGAAUAUGUGUAUUGCCUAUCUUUGUUCAUGGUGUUCAGUUAGAUGAUAUUUGUUGCUUUGAAAUCCUUGAGACACAAAAAUAAUUUAUUUAUCCUUGAUCUGUUGUGUUUUGUCUGAAUAUAUAUUUAUAUGCCUCUGUUGAGACAUAUUUAAUAUAACUGUAUCAUGUACAUAUUUGAAAUGUAUCCAGAUUUUAUGAACUCAUAUUUUAUAAAAGUAUCAUCAGGCAUCAAUUUAAAUUCUUAGUAAACAGAUUUUCCUGACAAAAUGCCAACAUAGAGAUGUUGUAAUGUUGAUUUGAUGAUAAUUUUUCUUUAAAAAAAUCAUAAGAUAAAUACAAACAAAAUCUUGUUAAACAUGUUAAGUAAAUGCAUUUAUAAUUUCAUUCAUUCUUUUGAAGUUAGGCUACAUAGAAAACACAUACGUCUGGCCUAGUUUCAACAUAAGUCACAUCAAAUUUCUUCUCUUGUUUCCUAUUUUAUUCACAUACAAAAGGUUUUCUUUAAGAACCAAGAAGUCGAUGAUUACCAUUGCUGUUCUAUGCACUGAAAUUCAUGCUCAUCGGAUUAUCCAUUCACAAUGCAGUAAGACUUGAUUCAUGUACUGACAGGUUGCUUUAGGUUUUCUUGGGGUUCUUUUUCAGUUAAAAUUCAACAAAAAGGACAGGUUAGUUUUCAAUGAAAAUGCAAGUAUGUUUAUUCCAAGUACAGAUUGUAUAGAAAACUAGAGUCCCUAAAAUAAAAGUUUGAUCUCAGUUAAAGGGAUGUUACACACAUUGCCCAGAAGUCUGUGGUCCAACAAAUUGCUGUCCAGAGUUGCAUCCCUUGGCUAUGCUUGGAUCCACUGAUCCAAUGUUCGAACAGCAGAUUCAAUGACAUAAUGAUGUCACAACCCUAGUUAAAGGUUCCACCUAUCAAUAUUGUAAACGACCAUGACCUGCACCAACUCUUCUACAUUAUUGAAUCCCCGAAGAUCCGGGUUAGAAUGGGUCUUCAGCAACCCAUGCUUGCCGUAAAAGGCGACUACGUUUGUCUUAAGAGGCGACUAAAGGGAACAGGUGGUCAGGCUCACUGGCUUGGU